AUGCCGUUGCUACUAGAAAAAGAAGACCUGAUUUACAACCCAAGCCAUAAGUCCAACAGCAGGGUUUAUGGAACCAAUAGUGCAACUAAGGUGCAAACAUACAUCAAGGGCAUAUUCAUACUGUUGAUGGCAAUAGCAUCACUAUUUGCUAUAACAAAGUUUGAUACAAGUACCAACACUAACACUAAUAUUAAUACCAACACUAAUAUCAAUAUACAAUUAACUGAACCGAGCCUAGCACAACAAAAUGAUCUCAAAAGAUUGGGUCUUACCCCGAAAAAGUCCAUCAAGUUAACCACACCAGAGAAAGGCGAACAAAUUAUUCAUGGCCGAUUUUUGCACAUUACCGAUAUCCAUCCCGACCCCUAUUUCAAGAUAGGCUCCUCCUUCGAUGAGGCUUGCCAUGGCUCAACCGGUGAUGCACAGAAAUACGGUAACGCCAUUAGUGGUUGCGACUCAUCAAUGAUUGCAAUGAAUGACACAAUAAAAUGGAUAGCUGAGAAUUUAAAAGACAAGAUUGACUUUAUUGUAUGGACUGGAGACAAUAUACGCCAUGACAAUGAUCGAAAUUUCCCACGUACAGAACAAAACAUCUUUGAAAUGAAUGAAUUGGUGAGCAACUUGAUGUACGAAACAUUCAAGAAGAAAGACACACCAGAAUUGGAAGUUGACCUUAUCCCAAGCUUGGGGAACAAUGACGUGUUUCCUCACAAUUUGUUUAGUGUUGGACCAACAUUGCAAACCAGAGAAUUAUUUCAGAUAUGGCAGAAAUUUAUUCCACAGGCCCAAAUGCACGUCUUCAACCGUGGUGCAUAUUUCUUCAAAGAAGUCAUUCCCGGAAAACUAGCAAUCCUCUCAAUAAACACCUUAUACUGGUACCAACUGAACCCAUUGGUUGACAACUGCGAUGGCAAAAAAGAACCCGGAUACAAACUCUUUGAGUGGUUGGGGUAUGUCUUGAAAGAAAUGAGAGCAAGAAAAAUGAAAGUGUGGCUCACUGGCCAUGUCCCACCAAAUGAGAAAAAUUAUGAUUUGACAUGUUUAAGAAAAUACGUGGUGUGGACCCACGAAUUUCGCGAUGUCAUAAUUGGUGGAUUAUACGGACACAUGAACUUAGACCACAUCAUACCAUUGGACAGCGUUGCCGCUUAUAAAUCUAUAAAAGAAGACCAAGAAAAGAAGAAGAAGAAGAAGAACAAGAACCAGAAGAAGAACCAAGAGGGAAAGAAUAAGUCAAAAUCAACAGGUUUAUUAUCGUAUUUCCAAUCUGAAGAUGCUGACGAAUAUGACGAAUAUAAGGACACAGCACCACUUGGCAAAACGCCGCUUUUUAAAGCACUCGAUUCGAAAUUCGAUGAUGGGUUUUUCAGAGUCCAAGGCGGCGUACCAGCGAACAAAGUUGCAUAUAUGGAAACUCUUCGUGAAUCACUAUAUGCAGAGGUGAAGGGCAAACGCAAAUCGGGCAACUAUGGUGAACGAUACUCCAUUGCCCACGUUGCAAGUUCAAUAGUGCCAACAUUUAACCCAGGAUUGAGAGUUUGGGAAUACAACAUCACAGAACUUGCUAAUGAACUCAAAACCAUUAAAUUUGAACCAUGGGAUAAAUUUUUUUACGAGAUUGAAACACUCAUUGAAAAGCAAAGUUUAUACGACUCCGAAGAUGAAAGCAAGGAGGACAAAUUCUCACUUUUCAUGUCAGCCGAGAAGAAGCGCGACAAGACAUUCCCGCUUCCUAUGCCCAAAACGGCCAAGCUCGGCCCCGCAUACAUUCCACAAACAUUUACACCUGAACGUUAUGUCAAUUACUAUGCAGAUUUGGAAGCAAUCAACAAAGGCGACAAGCCGUUUGGAUUUGAGAUUGAAUAUAUGACGGAUGAUGCAGAUUACCAAUUACCAGUGCUCACUGUUGAUUCGUGGUUGAAACUCGCCAGGGAUCUUGGCAAACCCAUAAAAACGAAGCGCGAAGAACUUGACAAUAACAGCAACAGCAACAGCAACAACAACAACAACAACAACAACAAUGUUGAUUACGAUGAUGAUGAUGACGAGAAGGAAGAAGAGAACGGAAAAGGAAUACAAGAAGAAAAUGAGGGACAAGUUGCUGCAAAAGGCGGUAAAGGCAAGAAAGGUGGGAAAGGUAGGAAACUGGAUAAGUUGGAGGCUCUAUGGAAAGUAUAUUUGAAAGAUGCAUUUGUAAGCUCUGAUUAUGAGCAUAAAGGGCUAGGCUAA